AUGGACCUGAACUCGCCGAUCACCCUGCGGACCCGCAAGUUCAUCACCAACCGUCUGCUCCAGCGCAAGCAGAUGGUUCUGGAUGUGAUCCACCCUGCUCGCCCUAACGUCUCGAGGGCUGAGCUCCAGGAGAAGCUCGGUGAGCUCUACAAGUCUCCCAAGGAGCAGGUGUUCGUGUUCGGCAUGCGCACCCACUACGGUGGUGGCCGCUCGACUGGCUUUGCUCUGAUCUACGACAGCAAGGAGGCUCUUGAGCGUUUCGAGCCGAAGCACCGUCUUGUUCGCAACGGCCUGGCUCCCAAGAUCGAGAAGCCCUCGCGCAAGCUCCGGAAAGAGCGCAAGAACCGUGCCAAGAAGGUGCGUGGUACCAAGAAGAGCAAGACUGGCGAUGCCAAGAAGAAGUAA